GAAUUAGGAAGCGAACAGCAAUGAAUAUUUUGUGAAGGAAUAAGUUUUAUGGAAGAAAACGACCCAAAAAAUUUUAGAGUUGUCGAAGAGUCUGAAGAUGAGAUUUACGAGAAGAUAAAAGAAUUGAGGACUUGUCUUACCGAUGCCAUCGAGGAAAAUGACCGAGAAGCCGAAGCGGACGCCUUGAGUUUUCUUGGCCUUGCCUAUUAUAAACUGGGAAAUUAUGCAACUUCGAAGGAAUACCAUGGAAAACAUCUCUCCUUAUCACAAGAAUUAAAGGAUGAAAAGGGCGAGAGAAGAGCCCAAAGUAACCUAGGAUGUUUGUAUAAAAUUACUGGUGACUUAGAAACGGCGAAAGAGCAUUUUAUAGCAGCUUUGAACAUAGCGAAGGAACGAGACGAAAAGCGACCGUUGGCAAAGAUCUAUAAUAAUCUUGGAAACAUUUAUGAGCUUGAAACGAACUACGAAGAAGCGCUUAACUGCAACAAGGAGAGGCUUGCGGUUGCCAAGGAGCUAAAUGACCAAAAUGGCAUUGGAAAGGCAUUGGCGAAUUUGGGAAAUUUAAAUCACGUGGUUGGAAAUCUUAAAGAUAGUAUCACAUAUUAUGAAGAAAUGCUCGACAUACUGAGAGCCAAACUUAGAAUCCUUGACACUCUAGCUGAAGAGGAAGAAUCAAACUCAGAAAAUGAAGACGAUUUUGUUGACAUCGAUAUGGUGGCGCUACAAGUUGCCGCGGACGUAAAACAAAAAAUGGAGGAUCAAAGACGUGAGGAAGAGCAGGCGCAAGGAGCCGUCAAAAAGAAAAGAAAAUUUAAAAAUCCUUUCAAAAGGAGACCAAAAACACGUGAAGAAAAGAUUGAAGCAUGGUUAGAAAACUAACCAUGAUUUUUUUUUUCUCCGUUAAUUUGUAUGAGACAAAGGAAGUGAAUGCAUGAUAGUUAUCCAUCGAAAAAAAAAACAUGCCAUUGAUAUCUUUUGUUGAUGAUAACGUUGGAUGAAAGUUGUAAACCAAAGCUUUUCCCACAGUAGAUGAAAACGACGAAUUUGAUAAAUUUGGAAUCAAACGUCACUUUGUUUUAAAACUGUGUGCAGAGUUUUUUAAACAAGCUGCAUAAAUCAUCUAUCGUCCAUAUUGCGCAUUGAAUAAAAAAGAGAAACGAGACCGUACCCCGUACCCUUUUCCUUCGUAAUUGACCCCUGGUAAGCUCAUGCUUCUACCCUUUGGCUUAUGAAAACAAAAAACACCACCAAGUUGCUGGAUUGUCGCAGAAUAAAAUGAGUUAUUAGUUUCAUGAAUAAAAGGCAUUUAUGUUAUCAGUA